AUGGACGUUAAAGCAUUUACUGUCAUCACGGCUUUGGAAUUGGAUCUCUGCAGAUGUAGAAUUUGGAUAGAGGAUUCAAAUGGUAAUCGCAUAGCCGGUGACAAACACUACCAUGAUUGUAGUGACCAUUCCUCUAUUUCCUCUGAUGAUGAUGACUAUGAAACUAUUAAUUUUCCAAACCAAACGUACACAGUUCAUGCUAAAGUUCAAGCUAGUUUCGAGAAACAGAAAGUACGAGGACCUUUUAAUGAAGAUACCUGUUAUGGUAUAUAUGGCAAUGUUGAUGAUUGGACUUUUGAUCAAACAUCUUGUUAA